CUGCUUUCGUUUUCGGUUUAUGUGAUUCAUGAUGGAGUCUUACUCAGGUAAGUAGGGGUCUCGUUUAGAGCUAUUUUCAACUUCAAAACAGGAAAACAACUACUCGAUCAGGUCUCUUGAAUUUCAUGAGUUCUGAUCAGUUCUGGCGGUGAUCUUAUAAAAGACCCAACAUCUAAAUAGGAUCGAACGCCGGCGCGGAAGAAUAUGCUUAGUCAUCAUCUCUAGCUUGGCUUUCCUCCAGGGGCACCCAACGAGAAUAUAGUUCAAAACCACUUAAACAUAUCACUGUUAAACGUAUUUUAGUAUUUAAACGGUGGAUAUAGGCAUAUUUUUGUCCCCUAAAAAUUUUUCAUCUGUUCGGAUUUCCUAGCUGAAAGCCUAGUGAUCCGAAAAUUAUAGGGAUCAAAACUUACCUUUUCGAAAAUUUCAGCCAGAAAAAAGGCUCCCGAAAAUUCUAGGUGACCUUUUUAGGGUAAAAAUCCGUUAAAAAUAGGCAAUUAUACCAUUUUUUUGAUGUUCGAAAAUCAUAGGAGAGGCAGGCAAGCAAGAAAUUUUACAACAAAUGUUCCGAAAAUUCUAGAUCUAAAAUCGUCUUCCGAACAGAUAUUCUUCCGAAAAUUGUCGUUGGGUGCCCGUUUCCUCAUCUUUCCCUGGGAGAGUACAUAGCCGGCCUUCACUUUCGCUCUUCGCUAGUGAGUACGUUUUGCUGGAGAUCUAGAGACGCCUCUCUCACAACACAACAGCGGAGAGGUAGGAGAAGCAGCCGUAUACGCAAGGUUUUGUAACUUCGUAAUCCUUUAUUUGGUUUUAAAAACAGAAGUACAUACACUGAAAAUUAGUAGCAGUAUUUUCAGUUCGAAAUGCAAAGUAGAGUGACAUGGGUAGUCACUCAAUCCGACGAGACGGAAAAAAGAGUGCCCAGGCGUCUUGUAUUAACCUGGUUCAAACGUAGCCUGCGUUGCAACUACACUGCGAACAGAGUCUCUUUUGAUCUUCCUAGGUAAGUCGGGAAGGGGACGGAACACUUCCUCUUUCCCGACUUAGCUAGGAAAGACCGAAGCGACUCUGGUAGCAGGGUACGUUGCAACCGGCCCCACACAACACCUAACCAUAGUCGCUCUAUACGUACAGAAGGUUUUAGACCCUGUUUAGAGUGUCUGCCGAUUCAGGCUAGUUCAAAAGUCGAAUUUACAAGUUCCGAGUUAGCCUGCAUGCAGACCUCUCCCAUUUCCUUAAAAAACAAACAAACAAGAAAAUGGAUGUAAUUUUCACCAAUAUGAUCUCGCGAGUCACCUAAUCUCCAUGCAGUCUUUCAUCGAUCUAACCAGAAAAUCCGAAAAUUGUUGGUUUUCUACGCUUAUAAAAUUGUUUAGGUCUUUUUAUUGGGCUGCUUGUGGCAGAGCGAGUUUCAGUGGCAACUCCGACCCCCGAAGAGGGUUCUCCCCGGGGAGGGGGGUACUUUAGGAAUUUUUGGGUGGCGGUGUGCCGAUUGGACCCUGGAACCCUUAGCCUAUACCAGAGCUAGUUGAACUGAAAUUUGCUAACCUUUUCUAGACUAAACUCCCUAAAUCCCCCCUAUCCUAGAGUAGCUUUUAGGUCGAGUUGCGUAAAUUGAAAUUUGCCGAUUUGAUUUGAUAUAUUUUGGGUGGCAAUUCCGAGUUUCCCUAGUCUAGACUAAAAUCUUCAACCAAUUGAUCAGUUUCCUGGAAAGUGAUACCCUAUUCUAGACUUAAACGCUCUGAUUUAUACACCCUAUCCCGGAGUAGAAAGCUUGAAAACCAUCCCCUUCACAGCGGCACAUACCUAUAUAGCCCAUAUAUGGCAGUACCCCUCCGGGGUUCUCCCUUAUAUAAGCCAUAUAGGUAUGUGCUGCCCCAAAGGCCAGACGUAACUAAUCGAUGACAUCAGUGACAUCAGUGAAAUCAAUGAGUAUUCAAUAAGUACACGUAAUCGAUGGGUAAUCAGUUGAUUAGUCAUUGAUCAUAUCCGAUAUUCAAUGAAUAAUCGAUAGGCCACAAAAUUUUCAGUCAUCGAUUAGUCAUUGAUUAGUUAUAUAUCGAAUAAUCUCGCUGGUAUGCAAACCAUACCAAAGCGAAAACUAGCAGGACGAACAACAUUAGGGCAAGAACAGUAAUUGUUUUAGCUACUGUAGCUAUGGGUCAAUACCGCUGCUUAUGAGGGAAGUCUUCCUAAGCCGAAGCAGCAGUUCUUUGCUGAGAAACAAUCACCGUCAGGAGCCCAUGUCACCGUAUGGGAUUUCUAACCACCUAGAUUAUUCCUUUGCCAAAGAAAGGGAACGUUACCGAUUCACAAUGCGAAGUUAGGUUAUUACUGUUGACCUCUUUUGUAUAGACUGCAAAAGAGUCGGUUUUUUUGUCAAAAUCAGUAAAGAAAUCGGCUGAGUGUGGCGUAAGAGUGUUACGCGCGCGAAAGCGCGCGAGCCUCACACGCCCAUAGGGCGUGGUGAGGCGUCAGAAAAAAAAAAAACGUCUCUCCCCAGUCUCGCUCUCUGUUUUCAGCCUCGUUCCAGACCUUUUGUUUGACUUCCACGCAUACUUGAAUACGCAAAAAUAAAUUAAAUACUUGAAUCAAAGUGGGAUAAAUUUGUGGACAGUACCACUCGUUAAUAUUUUCCCUAGAUCAAAUUUACUCAUUUACUUGUUCUAUAUAAUGGAUGAAUCGAAACAACCACCUUAGACGCGGAAAUCUUUUACCCGGUAGGCACUCUGCGGUGGCAGGAGCCCUCCUGGGGGUGGCUGUUUCUCAACAAAGACACAGAUUCUAAUAGCCAAAAAGUAAGACAGAUAACUCGACCUUCUGAAAAUUUCAUUUUUGAUAUUUCAAUGCUGUCUAAUAAAUCAUUUUGCUUUGUCGUUCUGUUUUGGUCAUGGCCUAUAUACACUGGUUUUCUACACGCAAAUUCAAUUUCUAUUUAGCUAUUAUUAUCGUCAAGAACCAUUAACGUAAAUUUUUGUCACCGCAAAUAAGUUAAGAAAAAAAGUUGCUAGAUAUUGUAUGAGAUGUUUAAUCAAUGACUUAUCGAUGGAUAAUCACUAGAUAAUUGAUGAGUAAUCGAACGCAUCAAUUACUCAUCAAUGUCAUCGAUGAGUAAUCGAUAGGCCACAAAAUUUUUGGCCAUCGAUUAGUCAUCGAUUACCCAUUAUAGCGCAUAAUCAAUGACUAAUUAAUUGACUACCUAAUGAGUACUCAUCGAUUACUCAUUGAUGUCAUUCAUCAUCGAUUUGGCAAAGGUUAGGGUUUUUUGCGCCGCUUUGGUCUGAAAACGGCUAUAGAUUUUGCCCAUUUUGCUCUGGAAUCGGGUAUGGUUUACGAAGGAACUACGGUUGUGUAUCAAUGUGUUCGUCGUUUCAAUUCCAAAUGAAUAAGAAAGAAAGUGCAUUAUGCGAAUUCGAAAUGAAUUUUAAGAAAUCCUUUUGUAAUGUUGCGGUUUUAAUCUCAGCAGUGAUGACAUAAUUUCUGUUUUAUGUAAACAUGUAAUGUGAAGUAUAUAUGAAGUAAUUCAUUUUUUUGUAAUGUUGAGUUUUGUGACCACCUCCCGGUCUGAAAACAGGUAUGAAUUUUAGGAGGCCAGGUAAGAAAACGGGUGUGGAAAAUGACAUUCGUUGGUCUGAAAUUUGGUCAGGAUUUGGAGGACCUUCGCCACACCCCCAUCAAGAAUUCCCAGGAGUACCCCCCUGGCUCCGACCCCCCCCCCCCAAAAAAAAGACGAAAUGUCGGACGCAUAACCCAGAAUGAGUUGCGUGUUGUGAGUUGCGAUCAGGCAGCGGUGGGGACGAACAUAUGACUUUUGAGGGGAGGGGGUGGUGUAUUCUAAACUCCACCUGUAUUUUGCGUGCGUACUUCGGUCUGAUGUUAUCGUUAUAGAGAGGAGAAGUGUGACGUCAUGUUGCCAUGGUAGCACUAUUUCUGGAUGAUAACAAAACCAACGACGACCGCGAGGGCAAGGAGAACGGCAAAAAAUAUUAAAUAAUGUGUGUAUAUUAAAACAAACAACAACUUAACAUUUUUCCAUGUGCGUUACGCUAUUUUGUACAUUUCUUUGCCGUCGUUGCACCACUACGACAUGAAACUUCCUAAUUUCACGAGUCCGCUUUAUGGAGUAGGUGAACAGAACACAAAAAUUUUCUUAACUUAUAUAACGAUAGAUACAGCCCCAAAGAAAAUUUCGCCAAGAUUUGCCAAAUUAAAAGAAAUUGAAUAACAUCGGUGAACUUUGAGAUAGUGCGAAUAGACUUUUAAGUGACUUUUUCGGUUUGUUGUCAUCCAAAAUUUUUGCUACCAUGGCAACGUGACGUAACGACUUCUCCUUUCUAUUAGGUCUUAUAAUAGUGUAGCACAGACUCAACUAGCUCGGAGAUGUUUGUCACGGUAAACAGGUUGUUUUGAAAAAAAUAAUUGUCCCCAGAGAGUCCAGAACAGAAUGUAUCUCUGGAAGCUGCCAUGCUAUGCAGCGAUAUUUUCACAAGAAAGGCUUUGCACUUAGUCUCGUUUUGAAAGUGAGAGGUUUUGCUUUGGGGAUCAUCCCAUGUAUACUUUUACUACUUUAAACUGAAUUUGAGAGUCAAUUCGGAUUGAACUUGAUUGUGUUCUCAAGAGCUAAAACCUCCCUGUAAAAGUUGUGACUUAUUAAUAAAGUGAACUCGCAAUCCAAAGAUAAGAUUGAAAUACAGAGUUAUAUUUACAGUUUUUUAAGGGUUGAGUAAAUUUUAUGUGAACUGACGGGCUAUCAAAAACACCUUAAGACUCGGAAGACCUCUACUGGAUUGUGAAACUGAAUUAGGAUCUUCCACAAUGAAACGCAGCCUCCAUUGCCUCGUUGCAAGAUUAAGUUAUAUAAAAACCGUCGUAGAUAAAGCAUUCAAAGUGUUAUUACAAUAAUCUUUCUUUUAAAAUUUCAACUGAAAAUUAAUGUUCUUUUGUUCACGCAAGUGUAAACAACAUUGAGUGAUUAGUCAUAAAUAUUAAAUGAAUUCUGAUUCUGAUUGGGCCUUUUGGAGCUAAACUAGGUUAUUUGCUGAAAACCCAGAACAAACUCAGCAGCACACAAUCCAGAUAGACCGCACCGUCGGGUCUACUUAACAUCCUAAUUUUUUGAAACUUUCACAGUGCGGGCGCCCCAAUACAUGUAUCGUGACAGAGCACCAAGGAUGAUCAGUUUCUGAUAUGCGUUCGGUGUCCAAGCUGGUUUUCAAAAUAGCUGGAUCUCGAGGUCUUCCCAUUCCAAAAAAAGAAAGAAAGUAAGAAACAAAAGAAACGAGCCCAGUAUUCAGCCACACUGAUCGACCCAUCUUAGCGGUCAAUAAAGGAUUUUUACUUAGCCAAAAGCAGGAAAUCCCGAGAUUGCAAGCUAGCCUCAUCUUGCCUGCUCGUGUAGUCAAUCAAUUUUACCCUAAUAACACUAUAUAAGUUAUAUAGCCCAUAUAAUGCUGAUUUCACAUUCAAAAAUGUCCGCGGGUUGGAUUUAGGGCUUUCUUUUCUCAUUGCAGGGACAUGGAAAAAGCUAAAAUAUGCUUACCUUGAUAGAUUGUUAAGUUCCCGUCUUCGUUUACCUGUUCCUCAGAAAAUUAGGGAUUAAAAGGAAUGUUUAGUACAUCAGAUAUCACUCAAUUGGAAGCCUUGCAACUGUUCCUGCUGUUUUUAGGUUCCACUAUUUCUUCCUCACAAAAUAUGUGAAAUUUUCCGCCAUUUUCUUCAGCAGGUCUAACAAAACAGCUGAGCUAACGUACCCUCGUCCCGAACGCUCGGCUCCAUCCUUUUUUCUGGCGAUAUCCUGUACUACUGUCGUCAUUAACUGGAUAUCGCAAACUUUUCCAAAUUUGGUUAACGUUAGCUGGUUAUGAAGAAACAGUUUGGGGAUUUGAGCCAAUCAGAAACGGAGAAAUAUUUUGAAUGAACAUUAAAAGCAAUUUUUCGACGAAGCUGAGUGUGAUAUGAAGAAUAACUCUUUGUAUACAUGCACACAAGCUGAAUCCAAUAACUGUUUUAUCACUCAAUCCCGUCUUUACAAAUUCAGGAUAUAACGGGUUGUUAAGUCUAACAGUAUUCUUCAAAAAGUAGUUGACAUCCGUUGAGUAGUUUUUUAGGUUUUCUUGCUUAUUUUUAGGUAGUAGAUUGUUGACUAUUUCUUCCCGAUUUCUCGAUCUCUGCCUAAACAACUGAGCUAACGCCCCUUCUGCUGUCCCUUUUUCUAAACAAUUACGCGUAAAAGUGCUCAUCUUUGAGGAUGUCGGCAAACAUCGGGGAAGUAACUUCAAAAUUCGGUCAACGGUAGCUGAUUGUAAAGAAUUAGCCGGAGGAGUUAAAGCCAAAAAGAAACAGAGAAAUUUAUCGAACAAAAAAAUAUUAUCAUGUUUGCUUAUCAUGAUCGGGGUCUUCUUCACAUUGGGUUUCGUUAUAUCGACGUUGGAUUGCAUUUAGUUUGUUGAUCUGCCACGGUUUAGAGAGUAGAUUCAAUAUAUUUACACCUAUUUUUUUUUUCUUGACUUGCAGAAGACGUUACUAUUACGAGCAGCAAAAUGGAUGUUAAGCAACCUGUACAUUACAUCGUGAUCAUUAUCGGUAUAACUGUUGUAAUGUUUCUUUUCAACACCAGUCGUGCUUUAAAAGCCAUCGAAUUUGCUAAGAAAUGUGCUAUUUUUCUGAAAAACGCCUCGUUAAGGAAAGGUUUGCAAAUAAUUAAGCUCGUUCAGCUCUUCUUUAUGAGAAUUAAAUGGAUUUACAUAGAAAGAUGUUACCGCGUCCUAAUUUGGUAUAACACGAAUGUAAAAGAAUAUGCAGAUGUUCUUCCUAAACUUCCGCACGCGAUCCAGAGACUUGUGCAGCGUAUUCAAGAUGGUGAAGGGACUGUAGCCAUGAUCCUGGGAUGUUUUUAUGGGCAGCAAGGUAAAUAUUUAAAGGCGAAGGACCUUUAUCAGAGAGCACACUUCAUCAAACAAAAAACGGGCAACAGACCGGACGAAGUCACGUGUUGUGGCAAUCUCGGAGUACUUUUUAAUAAUCUUGGCCAAUAUCAGAACAGCAAAAAGUACAUGGAAAAGGCAAUAGAACUAAUACAUGAAACUGACAACAAAAAGGAAAUAGCUUCAUGCUAUAGACGCCUAGGUUGCUUAUUUAGGUUUCUCCAAGAGUACGGCAAGGCUAUACAAUAUAUCACCAAGGCACUUUUUAUCAAUAAAGAAAUAGGAGACAGAGAAGAAGAAGCAGUGGAUUAUAGCUGGCUAGGAAUUGUGUUUUCCCAUCUCGGUGAACAUGCUGCCGGUAUAAAGUAUCUACAAACAGCAAUUGCAAUCCGUGAUGAAAUAAGUAACAGAGCUGGAGAGGCUGAAUGGUGUUUACAUCUGGGAAAUUGUUUUACUCAGCUUGGUUCGUAUACCACAUGCAUUCAAUACCUGAAGAAAUCGCUUUCCAUUGCAAAAGAAACUGGCUCAUCCGGACAAGGUUUAGAAUGCAAGUGUUAUGAAGCUCUUGGAAUUGCUUAUCUCUAUCUUGGUGAAUAUACCAAAGCUAAGGAGAAUGUUGAUAAAGUAAUUAAAAUAUUGAAAGAAAACGGAAGAGACGAAUUAAGUUUUCGGUGCCACGUGAUUCUUGCAUAUGCUUUAGUUUUUGAAGGAAAUACAGAAGAGGCUAUUACACAUCUCUUCUCGAGCAUUCAAAGGUGUGAGGAUUUACGCAUUUUUAAUUGGGACAAUGACCACCUUAAGGUGCUACUCUCAGACUUUUACUUUCCUUACUAUCAGAUGCUCAGUGUAUUGUUAUGUGACAGAGGAGAUCCUAUGAAAGGACUGUAUUUUUUAGAGCUUGGACGGGCGAGAGCUUUGACAGAAUUAAUGUCCGCUCAUUAUUUUGCUGAGAAGCAAAUAACCCUGGAGCGACGAUUUUACAACACUAUUGAAAAGAUCAUUACGGAAGGAGGCGGUGACUAUAAUUGUCUCUACAUUUCGUACUAUAAGUUGAACAUAUUUUUAUGGAUUUUGAGUCCAAGAAAACUAGAGGUGAGGUUGCGGAGAAUAGAUGCCAAAGAAACUUUGACUGCUGCAGGAUUCGCGGUGCAAGACUUAGAUGGCCUUUUUGGAAAAGAGCCCUUUAGAGAGUGGCAUUUUUAUCCUAAAGAAAAUUGCGAGGAUCGAUCACUUUUCCCUCUGAUCUCCAACCCCUUAUCAUUUCAUAUUGAAGAUGAAGACAACGCUGAAGCUUCCCGCUCACCGCUUUCUCAAAACGACAAAAAACAUCAAGAACCUACACCAAGUUUUGAGCUGUUGUACAAAAUUUUCAUCGCUCCAGUCGUUGAUGACCUCCUCGGCAAACCCGAAAUUCUCAUCUUUCCUGAUCGUUCCUUGAACAAAAUUCCUUUCGCAGCGUUAAAAGAUGAAAAAGGGAGGUAUCUUUCAGAGGCUUUCAGGAUCCGCCAUAGUCCAUCUUUGACAAGUCACACGCUCAUUCAGGAGAGACCAGUCAAUGGGUGUAGUGAUACGAGUGUAUUGAUAGUGGGUGACCCCGAUGUUGUCUAUGUGAGGCCAAGGUUAUAUCAGCUGCCUUUUGCAAGAAGGGAGGCGGAAAUGAUAGCUGGUUUGUUGCGUGUUCAACCUUUGUUAGGGUGUCAAGCAACAAAGCAGGCGGUACUUGAAGAGAUGCGUUCAGCGGGGUUGAUACAUUUUGCUGCACAUGGUGACGCUGAAAGAGGAGAAAUUGCCCUUGCUCCAGAACGGCCUGUCAACAGGAUUUUACAUGAAGACGAUUUCGUGUUAAAAAUGUCAGACAUCUCCGAGGUUCAACUUUCCGCGAAAUUGGUUGUCCUAAGUUGUUGUCACAGCGCAUAUGGACACAUUAGAGCUGAGGGAGUUGAAGGAAUAGCUCGAGCGUUCCUAGGAUCCGGUGCACGUUCAGUUUUGGUGGCACAGUGGGCCUUAGACGACAAAGCAACAGAGAAGUUUAUGGGACGUUUCUACAAGCACCUUGUGUGCGGUAAAAGUGCAAGUGAAUCUCUUCACCAGGCCAUGAAGUGGAUGCGAGAGAACGGCUUCCCAGAAGUGAGGCAGUGGGCGCCUUUUAAGCUGAUUGGAGACAACGUGACGUUUGAUUUCAGAAAGUAAAGGUUAGUUUUUUGACGCAGAAAUAUGAAAAACAUAUUCGUGCGCAUAGUUUGUCAGUUGAGAUUCUUUGUUUCACCACCUUCAACAACAGCACGGUUCCCACGGUUUCCCUUCAGAAAAUUUGGAGAGGUGGCCCCUCUCAAUUUCCAGAGAGAAAAAUUGCGAACAAGCUUGCUUCAACAAGCAAUCCGGCUCUACUUGUUUGAAUGAAGUAUUCUUUCACGUUAAGUCACACGAACAAUGGUUACUCGUCAGUAUUUCCUAGUUUCUAAAAUCCUGUCAAUGCGACCACUCAAUGGCCAAAAACAUGACGAGAUUUUCAGAUAUGAAAAUUUCUGAGAUUUUUUCAGUUUGCCUUCGCAUCAAGGAAAUGUGAUGGCCAAACGGGGUGGUCUUGAGGCGUGGUUUCACAGUCAGGUUACAGGCUUAGAUUAAAUGUAAGGCUUCUCUCUUUCAUAAUGCCAUCUUUACAGGUAGCCAUUUUGACUCCUGAAGGAGGAUCAAGAGGUUAUCCCUAUAUUAAUAUCUCUCCUAACAAAUAACCCACCCAGCCCAGGAAUCACAAGAAUCAGAUUAAGUAAAAGUGCAGUGAGCCUGGACUAACGGUUUUUCGUCCUUAUCCAAGAAUACUAGAAACAUGUAGAAAGUCUAACCGUUUGUAGAUGUCAUUACAAGGCAGCACUUUCUGAGUAUUGUGUCGGUCCGGCCUGGCUUUGAACCCGCGACCUCGCGCUCAGCAGACCGGCGCUCUCCCAGCUGAGCUUAUUAGGCGGCGACUCUGUAAAGUCCUGACAGUAAAAGACACACCCAAGAAAAGAACUGGAACCCCGCUCUACGGAAACUCGCUUACUGUUCGAUAACACGUGUAUAACGAACAGUUUCGUUUGUCCCGACGAAAAAACAGCUAUAGUUAUUUUCUCUUAAGUUAACCCGCUUAAUACGGACACUAUAGCAUGUCCCGUCGGUGUCCGUAUUAACGGGGUUCUACUGUUUAAAGGCAGAGCGUUUAGUCAAUCUUACAAAAUAUAUCCCGCCUGUACUAUACGUAUGCAAACAUCAGCAUUUCGCGACAAGAGGGCUAUUGUGAUUUGGGCAGCCUUAUUUGGUCAUGUAUGAAGCAGAAAAGUAGGUUUUCUGAGAACCUUCAUUGCUCCAUUUCUUGUUCUAAGUAAUGGCAACGGAUUCAACUAAACUAGAAAUUUGGCACACUCUAAGGUAAAGGUGUAUUAGUAGUACACUUUCAAGGCAAUGAUUUACUUAGAAAUCUCCGGGACCUGGAAAUAUGCUUGGGAUGCUUUGACUAGUACGAUGUUUACAAUAUAAGUGAAAGGGUGAGUUCUGCAAGUAAUGACUAAGUUUGUGUAGCUAAUAAAUGCCUUGUUAAGUAGGUUUGACAGGAGGAUUACUUGUUUUACUCGGAGGUCCAAGGGUCAAUAAAAUGAAUGGUGUACGGCCUUAUUGUUACUGAAAAAAUGUUAGUUAGUCAGAUGUGCUUCAUAAAUCAGAUAAAUAUAAACGAUUUAACAGGCCAUUUUUUGUUUUUUUAUUCCUCGUAGGAGUAACUCGAUUGAAGUUAGACGAAGGAAAAAUGGACUCGGCUCCAGGCAAAUUGUAAAUACACUACUCCCGUGGACGCUCAAACGUCUGUGUUUUGUGGAAUUGUUGAAGUUUGUUUGA